AUGGUUGAAUUGACUGAAGUUAGAGAAGAGAACAUUUCUUUCGAAGAAGAAAAGGUACCAUCCAGUUCCUUCAGCAGACAGGACACUACAGCCGAACAUGAAUCUUCUGAUGAAUUCUCCAGUGAUGACGAGUAUGACGAGGAGGAAACUUUCCUAGAGAGAUUGGUGGCUUUGAAAGACAUAAUUCCCCCAAGACAGAGACAGACCAUUUCAAACGUUUUCAAUGUCACAGUCUCCGCGGUCAGAAACACCUUCUCAAAAAGUGGAAACGUAGCAUGGGCUGUCACAACUUCUGCCCUCUUGUUAGGUGUACCUCUAUCGCUAUCGAUCCUUGCCGAACAACAGCUCAUUGAGAUGGAGAAGAGUUUUGACCUCCAAAAGGACGCUAACGAGAUUUUGGUGCAGGGAGACGCCACACCGGCUCCCGCUAUCGCCUAA